AUGUCAGAAAGUGUACGUUCAGGUAAAUCGUCGGUACAAUCUUCUGGUACUACUUCUACGUCCUCAAAAUCGCGUUGUUCUGCUGUGAGCAAUUCAAAGAGUGAUAGUAGCAGUGGCAUAAGUAGCACUCGAAGUGGACAUACAACACCACUCAAAUUUACAAGUAUUGUUAACAAAGUGGAAUCGCUGAUUAGUAAAAUGCAUAAUGACAAACAGCAUGGCACUAAACGCACACCCAACCACAUAGAUGAUAUGCACGGCUCCAGCAAAUGUUGCACCACAACUAAAUCAAAUGAGAGACAUCGUUGCAGAAUCACAACUGUUGGCAGUGGUGCUGAUGUUGAGACAAAUAUGGAAAUGGAAAGUGUCAUUUGCAGCGAAUUUCUAUCAAUUCGUAAUACCCAGGAAGAGGAACCACCAGAUCCACAAUUGAUGCGUUUGGAUAAUAUGUUGAUUGCUGAAGGUGUUGCCGGUCCUGAGAAAGGUGGCGGUGGAGCAGCUGCUGCUUCUGCUGCUGCAGCCAGUCAAGGUUCUUCCCUGUCUAUUGAUGGAGCAGAUAAUGCCAUUGAACAUUCAGAUUAUCGUGCUAAGCUUGCUCAAAUCCGACAAAUAUACCAUCAAGAACUGGAGAAAUAUGAACAGGCAUGCAAUGAAUUCACUACUCACGUAAUGAAUCUACUCAGAGAACAGAGUCGCACCAGACCUAUAACUCCCAAAGAAAUUGAGCGUAUGGUACAAAUUAUCCACAAAAAAUUCAGCUCGAUUCAAAUGCAGUUGAAGCAGUCUACUUGCGAAGCAGUAAUGAUAUUGCGAUCACGGUUCCUAGAUGCCCGACGUAAGCGUCGUAAUUUCAGUAAGCAAGCGUCGGAAAUCUUAAACGAAUAUUUCUAUAGUCACUUGAGCAAUCCUUAUCCAUCCGAGGAAGCCAAAGAAGAAUUGGCACGUAAAUGCGGUAUAACAGUGUCACAAGUU